AUGGACCAACGGUUCCUAGAUAGUUUAAGUUUGCACUCAGGGGCCUCGGUGGAUGGGGCUCAGGAUAUCUCCAGGACGACUACUCCUGGUCCAGGUUGGACCGAUGAGAGCGAUGACGAGAUAAAGCUCCCAAGACAACGCCAACGGACCUUCCCAUACACGCAGUAUCUUCCAUACGAAUGCGAAACUGAGGAAGUCCGCCUCCGAAACCUUGAAGAAAUCAUAAAAAAGCUAUACAUAGCAGUUGAGGCGGGAGACUUUGCACCGGGAGCCCUACACUGGACGCGGGAGUUGAGAUCAUGGCUUCAGAUGAAAUUCGACCUCCCACGUCAUACCAGGGCUAAACUUGUCAAGUUGUUUUAUAACUUAGCACUUUCCCGAGGCUUGACGCUUUCUGUUUCAGAGAGAUUCGCUAGCAUGUUUAUGUUGCUUACGAAGAGAAAGCACUAUUUGAAGCCAGGAAACGACUUAUAUCUCGAUUGGUACCCGCUUUACCGGGAACUUAAGAUAUUCAUUCUCCCACAGGAAACUGGGUUCAUAAAUACUACACAUGUCAAGCGGAAUGUUAGGACCCUCACUAAAAUGUGUACAUUCUGUCAACUCUACACAAGUCCCGCUGAGAUACCUCGGAUGCUCGAGGAGUUUCUACCUUAUUACAGUCUAUCCCACCCUGAAGGUGCUUUCAUUGUAGUUGGACUUUUGAACUUGCUGAUGCCAACUACGCCACCUCCGCCAACAUUCCCUGACGGCCAACCAGAUAAAUAUCUGCCAGGGCUUUUCCAUAUGUGGGCGCUGGGCAGCCGUUCUCGGGUGUUUGAUGUCAAUUUUCUUGAUCUUUUAUCGCGGCUGGCGCGUGACUCUCUCCCUGCAAAUCAUGUUAAUUUUGGCCCCUUCGGCAUCUUCACCAAAGAACAAUCGGCAACAAUAUUCACUGCCGUGCUUCGUCUUCUCGAAAUACCGGUUGGCCAAGCUUCGAGCCCAUACAGCCCCAUCGUUGAUAUUAGCGCUGGUUUGGCCGCUACACUGGACAAGGACCCCAAGAAACAUCCCGUUGCUCAUCAUAUCGCCCGAUGGGUGGUCAUGUCCCUCUCUCCUCAUGCUCUUCUUGAAGGCGGCUCAAUUCUCGAAAGUUUGGAAGCCCUAAUACAGGCCGUCGAGACAUUUUUCCACCCAUCUAACAAUGGUAACUGGACAAAAACGCUUUCACAACUGGCUUAUUAUUUAUCUGAUUUCUUUGUCAUGAGGUGGAAUCGUGAGCAGAGCGGAGAGAUGGAUAUACCGGAGGACCGAUUGCUGACACCAGAACUAAAGAGACGGUUCGUUCUUGCCCUUAGAGAUGCGGUUUUUAUGGGGAUAUACUCGAAGAGUGGCACUGCAAUGAAUUUUGCAAUGCAGUCUUUACAAAGCCUAGCUUUUCUAGAACCGGAUCUUAUCAUCCCCGGUUCCCUCCAGCGCAUAUACCCAGCAAUGCAGGGCCUUGUUGAAGUUCAUCGCACAUCUUCAUCCUUGAGGGCACUGCAAGUAUUAGCCGGUAUAAUAGUACGGCACAGAGGCUAUCGAGUUCACACGACCACGCUCUUAUCUCUUGCUCUCCCUGGUAUCGAUGCGAAUGAUCUCGAUAAAACACUGCAGACGUUGGCUUUCAUUCAGUCUGUGGCGUAUAACGUACCAUUUCACGACCUCAGUGACACUUCCGAAAAUGCGGAGGUUUUCGAAGGUAAACUUGCCUUGGAAUGGAUUCAGAAACAAGUUGAAGCCCUCGAAGCUGGUGACCUUGAAGGCUUCACUCAAUACAGCACCCAUACGCAAAAUGAGGACGCUGACCUACUAAAAUCAUCAACGUAUGGAUUUAGUGAGUUCAUUUCGUCUUUUCUUGAUCGUGUAUUCACGCUUCUUGAAAAUCUACCGGACGCUUCCCGCGUUAGAAGCGGGUCACCAGAAGAGGCAAUAAUCAAUACACUACCUUCAACAUUCCUCCCUUUACUAGCAGCACUAUCCCCUUCUCUAUACGACCUCGCCCUAAACAAGAUUGCGAAUUUCGUUGGGAAUCAUGUGAUACACCAAGCUCGUGACGCUAUGGCGUUUAUAUGUGACGCUUUGUGCAAAGUCAACCCAGAAAAGGCUCUUAAACGCCUCCUACCAUUGUUGAUAUCGGGGAUAAAAGCAGAAAUUGAAGAAAACGGAGCGGCAUCCACAAGACAUAGUGGGGCGGACGUUCUUCCACGAGACCGGGCGCUAGUUUGGUUUGUUACGAUCUUAAGCAUGUGUGUGGUCCAUGUAGGAUCGGCAUUACUCGUUUACAAAACCGAAUUGCUUGAUAUCACGGAUUUUAUGCAAAAAAGAUGCAAGGGGAUACCAGCUGUGCAUGUGUCCAACCUUAUCCAUCACCUUCUGUUAAGUUUGACCCUCACAUAUACCAAUGAUUUUGCUUUAGACGAGCCAACCGAGGAUGGAAUCGGUCAGUACUCCGAUAUCUUGUCGAUAGCGCCUAGGAUUAUGCUAAAAUCUUCAAUAGGGGUUGAAACUUGGGGGAAAAUCGUUGAGCCGCAAAAGCUUAACAUCAAAUGGCACGUCCCAACAGAAGAAGAGGUUCGUUUGGCGGCACAAAUAUUCGAGAAACUGUCCAAGAAUGCACUUGAACGUUUAGACCAGCUCAUCAGUGAUGAAUUUGGCUCUAAGCGGGACGGCGUCGGAAAAGAGUGGUCGGACGAUGUUUCGAGAAACCUAGUAUUGAUUAGGCUUCUUUUAUCUGGAAUUGCAUCUCUCGUCGACGUCUCAGGUAGGGGUGUCGUAAAAAGCGAUAAUUUGCGGAGCGGACCUAGCCCGGAUGAUGAUGAGCACAGUCUAUCAUUCGAAGACGAGGAAGACACAGCGGACUAUGAUAAUAAUCAACAACAAUCCUUCACCUAUCCUACAGGCUACUUUUUCCAGGAUACAGGCCAUGAAAUAUAUACUCUUAUUCAUGAACUGAGAUGUCAGAUUGGCGAAGCGCUUCAUAGAGUUCACGGUUUUCUACUUGAAGCCCAACAAGAUGACAUAGCCUGUUUUAAUGCCCUCUAUACGGCGUACCGUUCAUGGUUCGUAGAUGUUGGGAUCGAACGAUCUGCACAAGUUGUGGAACGAAUUCUUCGACUUUUCGAAUCCGAUAUCCACCUUUUCAAAAUAAGCGGACUCCGGAAGGUUUAUCCACGGCCAUUAUUAUUGCGGCGAGCAAACCUAUAUCAUUUACAGCGACUUAGAAGCAAUGCAGGGCCACGGAAGCGAACUUCUCUUGAUGAACUUCUUCUUCUCGAUCUUGCCGAAUCUGCUGUCUCCUCAUAUACCGAGAUUCGCAGGCAUGCUCAAAGUGCUGCGGAAUCAGCGUGUAAGGUCAUCAUUGGAGCACGGCCUCUUGUGAUCCCCAAAUUGAUUGAGGCGUUCGAAGACGCUACUAAAACGAAUAACCAUGGGAGGAUGAAGGGCGCUAUGUACUCCCUCCUCUUAGGUAGCCUCAGUAAAACAAUUGGCAGAGACUGGAGAUUCGCUCCCCGGGUCAUCAAAGCCUUUAUUGCUGCCUCCGCGGCUGACAAGUUAUCCGUUCAAAAGCUUGCCAUGGGUGCAACAUUUCAGGUCAUAGAUUAUGGGCGCCCACUUGAGCAAAUGGUCCUGUUAGACGAGCAAGUAAUCGAAGCAAUUGCCCCAUCCGAAGACGUCAGAGAUCUCAUCAUUCGCCGAAAACAAAAAGUUGUUACAAGGUCUCAGGAAAUUGAAAAGAGGAAAGCCGAGUUGGUGACCGAAUUAGUAGAUGUCGCGAAAGGCUCUCACUGGAAAAUCGCAAACCGUACGGUUACGGUUAUUCUAGGUAUGGGAAUGCGUUUUGAUACUCUCGCUAACGAAUCAAUGGUCGAGCUCAUGACUGCCGGGUCGGUGGAUACGCACCCGAUGCUAAGGGGGCUUUAUUGUAGUGGCAUGAUCGCGUUAUUUUGUUUGAUCGAAUUGAGGUCUGCCUGCAAACACAAGUAUCAGAAUUUCCUACUCGAUAAUUAUCACUUCCCUUUGCAGAGGGAACUAGUGGUGGAUAAAACAGAUUCUAAAUGGACAGAGGCGUUUUUGGAAGGGUUUUCCCGGGAACCAACGUCAUUUUAUGUUGAUUUUGAUCAUAUUGGAUGGUUAGCUUGGGCUAAGAAAAUAACAGUAUUUGAGGCCAACCCAACCCAGAAGCGUGAGUGGGAUGCAGUAGAGAUGAAAGCUCGGGGAAACAUAGGACGGCUCAUAGACCGAGCCUGGUUUCAUUCUCUUUGCGAGUAUAUGAAGCAAGAACCCAGGGAAGGAAUUGCAGACCGGUUUCGGAUGGCUAGCCCGAUCCUUCUUCAGUUUGUUUUCGAGUUGGUUCGUGAAGAGGCAACCGUACUUACAUUUUAUGAUAUCCGCGUAGAGGUUCUGGAACUCUUUGGGGAUGGGAGUGACAAAAACCAACAUAGAGCAACUGCGGAAAUAUUUGGAGCGCUUCUCAAUUCGACCCGGGAAUGCUCGGCAAAUGAGAAAGAACAGAUAUGGGAUUUCAUCCUUCCGGUUAUAACGAAAAUAUUUGACGACGGGCUCAAUCCCGACAACCUCUCUUAUUGGGUGGCAUUUAUCCAUGCUUCGUUGCAAGGCAAGGAUUUGCGCCGCUCUUGGCCAAUCGUGCAAUACCUAGCAGGCUUUCGCCUUGAUCUCAGUUCAAAUGCUGCCUUCAAAGAAAGCUCCAAGAUCCAACUACUUCAACAGUGCAUCAAUGACGCGGGCUGGCAUUUCCGAUUGCACCAGCCCAUCUGGGACGAUUUUAUUCAGCAUCUUGACCACCCCUACAAAGGAGUUAGGGAGGCAAUUGGGCAAACUCUAGCAUGUAUAAGCCGAACCCGAUACCACGAGUCUUUUUUUUGUGUGGAAGAUUUUCUGAAAAUACAAAGAAAUCAUUCGUCCGUCGGCGUGCCACCGUACCACUCGGAAAACAAUUUGGCGGAUGUGUUUCCUCGGAUUUUAAACCAGCUUCAAGUAUGGAGAGGCACAUUGGGACAGCAAAACAUUUCCUCAUACACCUCUGCGAGCAAAACCGUGCUUCUUUGGUUGGAAAGUACCCUUUCCUCGCACGAAUGCACGCAGCUUGCGCCAUUGUUUUCGCGUGCUUUCAUCAACGAAAUUUUACACAUGAUAGACGUGAGAGAGGACCCAGAGUUGAUCUCCCUAGCUUAUAAUGUUUUUCGGCACCUGCCAGAUAUUCCGCACCCCAUUGGGCAAAACGAUGCGUUUAUUGAGGGUUUGAUACAAACAGGCUCCAAUGCUGGCUCGUGGCACCAACGUCUGCGAGUUCUUUUGAACAUUGGGGUCGUUUAUUUUCGUCGACUAUUUCUUCUUUCUCCUGAACAGAGGCGAUCUUUAUUCAGUUGUGUAUCCAACAUGUUAGGAGAUCCACAGCUUGAAGUCCGCAUAGGCGCUGCUGCAACUCUCUCGGGAAUGAUAAGGUGUUCGUCGGCUCCUUUCAGGAACCGUAUAGUUCCCCUACUGAAGAAACGAUUUGUUAACCUACUCCUAAAAAACCCGCUUUCGAGGGAAAUACUAGCCCAACCUGGGAGCUCACAGCAGAAGCCAACGAUAAACCGACAUGCUGCAGUACUCGGCCUCAAUGCUCUAGUGCAGGCAUUUCCAUAUGUAUCACCACCUCCACCAUGGCUACCCGAAGUACUGACGAUUCUCGCUUUGAGAGCUGCAUCGGAUCCUGGAAUGGUUGGAGAAAGUGUUAAGACCUGUCUUAGCGACUUCAAAAAAACACGCCAGGACACCUGGCACAUCGACGUUAAGGCAUUUACUUCUGAUCAGCUGGAGGAUUUAGAAGGGGUUCUGUGGAAGAGUUAUUUUGCGUAA